CGGAAUCGGACGCAUUACGGUAAACAAGCGAGGUGCUCCUGCGAGAGGGACGACACGUGCUUCAGAACAUCUCAUGGUGAAGAAUAGUGAGUUUAUUAAUGCAAGAUGAAGGUCAUAAAUAGUGCCAAACCAAAGCCUAAAUUUAUGAAGAAGAGGAAGCAGCAGGUGAAAAAAGUCCCCAAAGUAGAGGAGAAGAAGGAAACCGAAUCAGGAGUUGUCUUUAUCUCUCACCUCCCGCAUGGAUUUUAUGAUAGGGAACUAAAGGCAUUCUUCUCACAGUUUGGAAAACUCUCAAGGGUGUCUGUACCACGGAGUGAAAAUACUGGUGCAGUAUGUGGUUAUGGCUAUCUGGAGUUCCGUGUGCCAGAGGUUGCAAAAAUUGCAGCAAAUACAAUGAAUGGUUAUUUGGUUAAAGGAAAGAUAUUAAAAUAUGAAUAGAAUUCUCAGUCAAGAAGAGAAGGACAAGAAACUGAAGCGGUUAAAAAAGAAGUAUGCAAAAAAGUUAAGGGAUCUAGGGAAAGAAGGUGUUCUUGUUGCCUUGAAUGGGAUGCCAAAUCACACAAACAUGCUGAAAAGGAUAAAACAAGAAAUGGAUCCAAAACUGAAGGAUAGUGGGCCACGGACUGAAAAUAUAUACUUGGAGCGGAUAGACUGGUUUGAAAAGAAGUUCCAGGAAGUGAUAGACUCAGGCGGUAAGCUUGACUUCAAAAUAAAGACUGCUGAAGUGAGGAAGAUAAGAGACAAAGCUUUGGUGGAAGCCCUCAGUCCGGAGCAAUUGAAUACAUUAAAGGAACAGAUUAAUUCCUAUAAGAAGCAAAUGAAGUUAAUGCAAGCAGAAGGCAAGAUCAGUGGGGACUUAAUCCUUGAUGAUGUUGAAGAGACAAAAGGAGCAGAGACUGAAGAAUCCGACAUGGAGGAAGCAGAAGAAGACUUGGAUAGUGAAUCUGAUGUAGAAGAUGAAGAGGAUUUCUCCCUCGAUGAAGAUGACUUUUCCAUGAAUAGUGAAUCUGAGGAUGAGGAGCAACAUUAGCCUAAGUGCACCUGAAGGGGAAAUCAAGAAGAAUGAACCCCUAAAAGCAAAUAAAAAGAAGGCCUCUAAAGGAAGGAAAAGGAGAGGCAAGAAAGCAAAGAAAGCCUUGAAUGGCACGUCUGUGGAAGAAGGCGAGGAGAAACAGGAUGCCAUGGUAGUCGAAGUUGACGGAAGUGAUGAUGAAAUAGCGUUCAAAACUCCUCCAAAUAUGGUGAAGAAGUUUGUCAAGAUCACUCCAUCAUCACCUGCAAAUAAAAUCCAAACACCUGAAGGAAAGAGUACAACCACUGAGCAGUCCCUUGUGAAGAGUCUCUUUAGCAAAAAGAAAGGCCUGCCAUCAACACCAAACAAAGCUGAAGAUAUACUUCAGGUUGUUACUCCCCAAACUGUCAAGUUGACACCAGGAGCCAAAAAACUGGGGAAGAAAAGGAAGACAGAAGAAACUACACCUUCUGAUAGUAAAGAAGAACCCACAGCUAUUCUGAAGAAAACACCCAAGAAGAAUGGAAAGACUCCUUGUACCCCAUCUUCAUCAUCAGCCUUAGAUCAAGUAACAAAAGAACCAGUCUCUGCAACAGCAACAUCUGUUGGUGAAAAUGAACCAGUUGAGGCAAAGACUCCAAAAACAACUAAAACUUCAAUAACUCCUAAGAAAACUCCUAAAGCUACUCAGAAAACUCCCAAAAAGGUUCCUGGUACACCAGCUGAUGAAAACAAACCAAUUGAGGCAAAAACCCCUAAAACAACUGAUUCCUCAAUAACUCCUAAGAAAACUCCU